CGCACUGCUGAGGCGCGGCGAUGGCGGCGGUGGCUGGCGGUGGAUCGCAGCGGUGCCGGCGGUUGGAGGCUGAGACAGCUCGGGCUGUGCUGGCAGCCGCUGACACGCUGCUCUUCGACUGCGAUGGUGUCUUGUGGCGGGGCGAGGUGGCGGUAGGCGGCGCGGCGGCGGCGCUGGGCCGGCUGGCUGCGGCGGGCAAGCGGCUCUGCUACGUGACCAACAACAGCAGCCGGACCCGUGUGGCCUACACCGAGAAGCUGCGGCGGUUGGGCUUUCCGCCCGCCGAGACCCGCCACAUCUUCGGCUCAGCUUACUGCGCUGCCCGUUACCUCCGCCAGGCCCUGCCGCCGGGCGCCGCCGCCUACGUGCUUGGCAGCCCCGCUCUCGCCGCCGAGUUAGAGGCCGUCGGUAUCCGCCACCUUGGGCCAGGUCCUGCCGCCCUGCCCGGCCCUGCUCCCGCCGACUGGGCCCAGGCGCCGCUCGACCCCGCUGUGCGCGCCGUCCUCGUCGGUUUCGACGAGCACUUCAGCUACGCCAAGCUGUGCCAGGCCCUGCGCUACCUCCUGCGUGGCGGUUCCGACUGCCUCCUCGUCGGCACCAACCGCGACCACCGCCUCCCGCUUGAAGGCGGCACCGCCAUCCCCGGCACUGGCUGUCUCGUGAAGGCGGUGGAGACGGCAGCCCAGCGUGAGGCCUUCAUCGUGGGGAAGCCCAACCGCUACAUGUUUGACUGCGUGGUCAGUGAGUUCAACAUCGACCCAGCCCGGACCAUCAUGGUGGGAGAUCGACUGGACACAGACAUCCUGAUGGGCAAUAGCUGUGGCCUCACCACUCUGCUCACCCUCACUGGGGUCACCACACUGGAGGAAGUGAAGGGCCACCAAGAGAGUGACUGUCCUACCAGGCAGAGCCUGGUGCCCCAUUACUACGUUGACAGCAUAGCUGACCUUCUCCCAGCUCUGGGGGAAUAGGAGAGCAAAGUAUUUGCAGCCUCUGCACCAGUAGGCCGAGGAAGGUCCCUAUUAAUCACCUUGAGACAGUAACAUAUUCAUGAGAUACUACCUGGAAUUAGCAACCCUUAGCUUUUUAACCUUCCUGUCCUUGCAAUGUGCUUUUGUUUACCUUGGUCUCUCAAUGCACUUUGAUCAAAGAGGGCAUCGUGAUGUCACCCAUCUUGGGGCCUUCUUUCUCAACGAUAGCAGCACAUCUAUCCAAGUGUUUGUGAUGUCACCUUGUCCUCUAGACUGAGCUGAGCUAAGUUGAGCUGGUUGAUCCAAGGAAAAAGAAUCCAACACCUUGUGAUGUGUCCUUGCCCCAACAGGCUGCAGCUCAGUCUGGUUUAUUCAGGGAAAUGACUCUUAGAGUGUGUAGUAAUGCAGUGGCUGUGUUUGCAGACAUGGUGGCUGGCAGGGUUGGUGUUUGGCCUUAGAUUGAUUUGAAUUAUUUCUGGACAGAUCCUAUGUAGCAGUAGAUCCACUGUGAGCAUGACCUCAGGGCAUAGAAAGUGAAAUUCCACCUCAUUUACUUAACCCUAGUAAAUUGCACUUGAGAUGCAGAUUAGGAUGAUUCCACUCAAAAAAUACAAGCAGUAUCUGCUGUGUAUUGUAUUGUUCUUGUCCAAGUGUUGGAUGCACAUCCCAGAAUUCCAGCAUGCUCUGGGCUGGAAGGAACCUCUGAGGAUCAUCUAGUCCAGGCACGUGGUCACCCACAGCAGCUUGCCCAGGAUCACAAUAUCCAUCUGUAUUUGGAAUCUGCAGAGAAGGAGACUCCACAACCUCUCUGGGCAGCCUGCUGCAGGGCUCCGGCACCUUCAAUGCAUAGAAAGCUUUCCCUCUGUACAUACAAGAGCUACUUUGAUCCUAGAUCUCUAUCAGAAUUUAUAUAAAUUAUAACUUUAAAUAGAGUAUAUGAUAAUAUAUCUUGUUUCCCAGAAGGGAGGAUGAGAGGAAUGGACUUCAGGGCACUCAGUAGGUUUCAUUCUCAGCUCUUGCCUUUGGCAGUGCAGAAGGUCUGUAGCCACUUAGAAUUGUCCCUGAUUGCCACUGCUUCUCAGAAGUAACCAGAUGGAUCAGUACUGAGUUAGUUCUUCCCUUCAGCAUCACAGCAGCUGCUUGGCUUUGCAGAACGUGGAUUAGUGCCCAGUCCAGGGGGGUGGAUGUAGAAGAACUGUAGUACAGCUUUCCACUGAGUCCUGUAGGGGUACUGGCUGGAUGUGAUGGUGGCACGUGCUUCCUUUAAAUACCUGAGGGUGAGAUCUUCCAUGUGUGCCUGGCCUGGCACCAGCUGUUUGUCCAGUGGGCAGCGCUUGCUCCCUCAGGUGAUGAUUUUGCUUACUGCGUGGGUUUGGAUGAUGCACAGUGCAGACUGUGAGGUAGAUUUUCUUGCUGGCUCAAUCAAAGGGCACAGCUGAAAGCUUUUGACAGAAUUAGGUGAAUAUGCAAGUAACACAUGUUAUUCCCCAGAUCCCACUCUCAGCAGUUAAACACUGGCCUGCCUUCCUCUUCCUGAGCUUCCUCAAGAGCUGUUAUCAGUGCUGAUGCCAUUGCCUUCCACUUGGACACUCAGAGCUGGACUUUGCCACCUUCUUUGUGCAGCAAUAACCUCGUGGUUUGUGUCGUCUUUUGGUGUUAGCCCACAGGAUUUGCUGCUCUCGUCAAGGGCUGUUGGUUUGGAACUCGAGAGCUGUGUGAGGAACAUGGAAAAUCUCUUCCACUGCUCCUGUCUGGAAGGCUGUGACUCAAGUCACGGAAAUUCUUACAAAGUGGAACUUUGGGUGAUGUGGAAAUGGACAUUAUGGGUCUAGGGCAGGUAGGGGCUGACUUGAUGUUGUAAUCUUUGAUCCAGUUCCUGUGUCUGGUGCUUACAGUGUGUCAACUAUAGCAGAAGAUGCCAGAGGAGGUGUCCAGCCCUGUUCCAGCAUCUCCUGUUCCUGCCAGGUCCUUCCCACUGUGUGAGGAGACUGUCACCUUGGUCCACAUCUGCUGAAACAUGCCGGCAAAGGUGUCAAUCAUGCUUCAGAUCUCUGUAUCCACUUCCAAACGGUUUAUCAACCUCUACUUGAAUUCACAUUAAACUUAGAAACCUGCUUUCA